CUCCGAGUCCUCUUCAAAAAUUAAUAUCAGUGCUCUCGUGCGUGCGCACAGAGAGAGAGAGAGAGAGAGAGAGAGCUCUGAUUGUUCCUUCAAGAUCUCAUAAAUUCAUAAAAUUCAGUGAUGGCCCAGCCGCUAGUGAAGAAGGACGAUGAUCGUGACGACGAAGCGGACUACUCUCCGUUUCUGGGGAUUGAGAAGGGUGCCGUUCUACAGGAAGCUAGGGUUUUCAAUGACCCUCAGCUAGAUCCUAGGAGAUGCUCUCAGGUUAUAACAAAGCUUUUGUACCUGCUUAAUCAGGGGGAGACAUUCACAAAGAUUGAAGCCACAGAAGUCUUCUUUGCUGUGACGAAGCUUUUCCAAUCAAGAGAUAUAGGGUUAAGGAGAAUGGUGUAUUUGAUGAUAAAGGAGCUUUCUCCUUCUGCAGAUGAGGUUAUUAUUGUCACGAGCUCCCUUAUGAAGGACAUGACUAGCAAGACUGACAUGUAUCGGGCAAAUGCUAUUCGUGUGCUGUGCCGGAUAACAGAAGGAACCCUUCUGACCCAAAUUGAGCGUUACUUGAAACAAGCAAUUGUCGAUAAAAAUCCAGUUGUUGCAAGUGCAGCCUUAGUUAGUGGGAUUCAUUUGCUCCAGACAAACCCAGAGAUUGUGAAGAGGUGGAGUAAUGAGGUUCAAGAAGCAGUUCAAUCAAGGGCGGCUCUUGUACAAUUUCAUGCAUUGGCCUUGCUCCAUCAGAUCAGACAGAAUGAUCGGCUAGCUGUAAGCAAGUUGGUUACCAGCUUGACAAAAGGAACCGUUCGUUCUCCUUUGGCCCAAAGCCUUUUGAUUCGUUAUACUAGUCAGGUUAUUCGUGAGUCAGCCACAAACAUACAAACAGGGGAUCGUCCUUUCUAUGAUUUUCUUGAGGGUUGUUUGCGCCACAAGGCAGAAAUGGUGAUUUUUGAGGCUGCCAGAGCAAUCACAGAACUCAGUGGAGUUACAACUAGAGAACUAACUCCUGCUAUUACUGUUCUUCAGCUCUUUUUAAGCUCUUCCAAGCCAGUGUUGAGAUUUGCUGCUGUCCGAACUUUGAAUAAGGUGGCAAUGACACAUCCAAUGGCUGUCACUAACUGCAACAUUGAUAUGGAGAGUUUAAUUUCUGAUCAGAACAGAAGCAUUGCCACACUUGCCAUCACCACACUUUUGAAGACAGGAAAUGAGUCAAGUGUGGAUCGUCUGAUGAAGCAGAUAACAAAUUUCAUGUCAGAUAUUGCUGAUGAGUUCAAAAUUGUUGUUGUGGAAGCCAUAAGAUCUCUGUGUUUGAAGUUUCCGCUGAAGUACAGAUCUCUGAUGAACUUCCUAAGCAAUAUUCUUAGAGAGGAGGGUGGGUUUGAAUACAAAAAGGCAAUCAUAGAUUCGAUUGUCAUCCUCAUAAGAGAUAUCCCUGAAGCAAAAGAGAGUGGGUUGCUUCAUCUCUGCGAAUUUAUUGAAGAUUGUGAAUUCACCUAUCUUUCCACACAGAUUCUCCACUUCCUGGGGAUUGAAGGGCCAAAAACCUCAGAUCCUAGCAAAUAUAUACGGUACAUAUACAACCGAGUGCAUCUGGAAAAUGCAACUGUUCGGGCGAGUGCUGUGAGCACAUUGGCAAAGUUUGGUGCUAUGGUUGACUCAUUGAAGCCUCGCAUUUUUGUGCUGUUGAGACGAUGUCUUUUUGACAGCGAUGAUGAGGUUCGUGAUAGGGCAACGCUCUAUCUGAAUACUCUUGGUGGUGAUGGUUCAGUUGUUGAAACCGAUAAAGAUGUGAAGGAAUUCCUCUUUGGAUCACUGGAUCUCCCACUUGUCAAUUUGGAGACAAGUUUGAAAAAUUAUGAGCCUUCAGAAGAACCUUUUGACAUUAGUUCUGUGCCCAGGGAAGUUAAGACCCAACCACUUGCCGAGAAGAAAGGCCCAAGUAAAAAGCCAACAGGGCUGGCUGCUCCACCGACUGCCCCUGUAUCCACUGUUGAUGCUUAUGAAAAGCUGCUUUCCUCUAUUCCGGAGUUUGCGGACUUUGGGAAGCUUUUCAAGUCUUCAGCACCUGUGGAGCUUACAGAAGCAGAAACAGAAUACUCAGUGAAUGUCGUAAAGCAUAUCUUUGAUGGGCAUGUUGUGUUCCAGUACAACUGCACCAAUACAAUUCCUGAGCAAUUACUAGAACACGUCACUGUUGUUGUGGAUGCUUCAGAAGCAGAGGAAUUCUCUCAAGUUAUAUCCAAGCCUCUCAAAUCUCUCCCUUAUGACACACCUGGACAGAUCUUUGUGGCAUUUGAGAAGCCAGAAGGUGUCCUAUCUGUGGGAAAAUUUUCAAACAUGUUGAGGUUCACUGUUAAAGAGGUUGAUCCAACCACUGGUGAGGCAGAGGAUGAUGGAGUUGAAGAUGAAUACCAGCUAGAGGACCUGGAGGUUGUAGCAGCUGAUUACAUGUUGAAAGUGGGGGUCUCAAAUUUCCGAAAUGCGUGGGAAAGCAUGGGUGCAGAUUGUGAGAGGGUAGAUGAAUAUGGCCUUGGUCCAAGGGAGAGCUUGGCUGAAGCUGUAAGUGCUGUGGUCAACCUUCUUGGCCUGCAGCCCUGUGAGGGCACGGAGGUUGUCCCAAGCAAUUCGAGAUCACACACUUGUCUGUUAUCUGGUGUAUAUAUAGGCAAUGUGAAGGUUCUUGUGCGCAUAUCUUUUGGUAUUGAUGGUCCAAAGGAAGUGGCAAUGAAACUGGCCGUCAGAUCCGAGGAUGAAACCGUCAGUGAUGCCAUUCACGAGAUUGUGGCAAGCGGCUAGAAUGGUAUUGAGGAAUGCUUCACUCGAUAAGUCCUUGUAGUAUUUUUUUUUCCUAUUCUUUUUUAAUCUCUCGAGAAUUGAGAUUAGGGGUGGAUUGUUGCAAACAGAUUACUUGUAAAGGAGAAUUUGAAGAAACGCUAGGUUUUAAAUUUAAGCUUGCUGGGAUAUUCAUUUGCACCAUUUUGAGCAUUUUCCCAUUCAUCUGUUUAAUAUACUUGAUUAUCGUGUCAGGCUCAUUGGAUGAAUUUUGAGGCACUGUAUAAAUUCAAUCUUGGCAUGUAAUACUUAAAUUGUUUGAAUGUUGUACUCAAACCGAACACUGCAAAUUGAAUUUUUUGUGUUGAGAUGGAAA